AUGCAGACAUCUUCAGACAGCGGAGACACAGGGAGAACUGCUCAAGUUUAGAGACAUAGAUACAGUGUUGAGUUAUGACCACUUGGGGGAUCAGUUUAGUGCAGCCCACCGGAUUAUUUAGAAAUGUCUUCAUGAUUGGAAAAAAGACAUUAAAGUAGAAGACUAUUGGUAACAAAAUGAUGAAAACUGUAAAAAUAAGCAUGGAGACAGGAAGAAAGCAGAUGCCAGGCUACCACAUCUGUAAUAAUAGACACAUGGCAGUAGACUUGUGCCAAAAUGAGAUCCGAGACUCUGACCUACGGCGGCACCCACAACUCCAGGCAGACAUCGAGGCAUUUAAAACCCAUUACUCGAUGUCUGCAGUCUCUGUCAGAGAAUACAUGACAAUUGAUGAAGUGGAUAUUGAUCUCAUCAUCAAAUCUGACUUUUUAAAUGCUCCUGUUACAAAAGCUUGGAAAAUAAACUCAUCUGAGCCUAUAAUAAUUCGCCUUCACUUUUCCUUGUCACAUUAUCUAGAUGGUCCUGCACCAACAGUUGAAGUGUUUCAGCCAUCAAACAAAUAUAGUUUUUGUAUUGGAAAGCAACUACAAAAUAUUUUGACAGCGUUCAUUAAUAAUGAGUGGAGGAACCUUACCAAUGAGAAGGUCAUAUGCCAUCAAAAGAGGAGACACAGCUGGUUCAGGCCAGCCGGGACCAUCAAGAAAUUCAGAGCAAGGCUUAACAUUUGGCUGCCAUCAUCUAAGUCUAAUGAUCCACUGGAAUCCAGUGGAAGAAGUAGGAUUAUUUUGCCAACUGUGAAUUUGAAUCGCUUUUCGAACACAACUACAUCAUAUGCCAUUAAAAACGCAACUGGAGAGCUUUUCGCCUACACACCAAGUGGAAAAAGAGUGACAGUAUCAGCGGUAAAGUCCUCAACACAGCUCAGCACCAAACAGCUGAUAGAGCUCCUCUUCUCCACUCAGGCCAUUAGACACUGUAAGACUGCCCCAACUCUGCAGCAUGGAUUCUUAGUCCAGAUAAUGAAGUAUGCAGAGCAGAGGCUUCUAACACUAAAUGAAUACUGUGUCAUUUGUGAUGAGAGGCAUGUGUUUCAGAAUGGUCCACUGUUAAAGCCUGCCGUUUGCACAAGGGAACUAUGUGUAUUUUCCUUUUAUACUCUUGGAGUUAUGUCAGAAGUUACUGAAGAGGUUGCCACUGGUGCAGAGGUAAUUGACCUGCUGGUGGCCAUGUGCAGAGCUGCUCUCCAGUCCAAACGUAAAAGCAUUAUAUUUGAGCCUUAUCCAUCUAUAGUUGAUCCUUGCAACCCUAAAACCCUUGCUUUCACCCCUAAGAGAAAGAGCUAUGACAGGCUGCAAGCAGCCUUGGACAACGUCUUGCUGGUGAGGCAGCUUUCACAGGGCCCAUAUUGUGACCUUAAAAAGCAGAUGGAUGAGAUGGACCCUUUAGCUCAUCCCUUAUUACAAUGGAUUUUAGCAAGCAACAGAUCACACAUUAUCAAGCUUCCACUAAACAGGCAGCUAAAGUUCAUGCACACACCUCACCAGUUUCUACUCAUCUGUAGUCCUCCAUACAAAGAAGUACGCUUUCAAAUGGCUAGAAAGCUUUAUGGUAGCACCUUUGCUUUCCAUGGUUCUCAUAUUGAAAAUUGGCACUCUAUUUUGAGAAAUGGUUUGAUCAAUGCCUCUUUCACUAAAUUACAGCUUCAUGGUGCAGCCUAUGGAAAAGGCAUCUAUCUGAGUCCUAACUCUGGGAUCUCCUUUGGUUAUUCAGAAAUGGGUUACGGUCAACAUGAUCUGCUCAGUAAAGAGGAACUUAAAAACAAAUACAAUAGAAUCAACAGACUAACGGAAGAGCCUGCACAAGCCAGAUUUCUCAAAAGUAAAACUAUAAACUGCGUUGCACUUUGUGAAGUGAUUUUGUCUAAAGAGCUUCAGCAGCAUGGGAACAUCUGGGUUUGUCCUGUACCGGACCAUGUUUGCACUAGAUUCCUCUUUGUAUAUGAGAAUGGCCAAGUGGGAGAUGUCCACAUCAACACUCAGGACGAUGAGAUCCACAAUGAAAUUUUACAAGCAAUCAGUAAAGGCCCCUUUUGA